AUGUGGCACGAGUUUGAUCAAUAUCUGUUGUCUGAUGAAACGUUCGUAUUUCCACUUUACACACGGUUGCGGCCACGAUUCACCAAACCCAUCGUGAUCGUGAAUAUGGGGUCCGAAAACCGGGGCGGGGCGGAUUCGGAACGCGUUCGACGCGGUUCCAUCAACGGGUCCAUCAACAGUCCGGCAAAAGUGCUCUCCGAAUUGACCCAACGACUGCACGUGAUUCGAACGGCUAUUCGUGAUUAUGAACGCCGUUUUGAACGAGAGCGUGGCCGCAGACCAAAUGCGUCUGAGAAGAAAGCGGAUUACAAGGUAUGA